AUGGGUGUCGAGGAUUAUCAUGUGAUUGAGCUCGUCGGUGAAGGCUCGUUUGGAAGGGUUUACAAGGGAAGACGAAAGUUUACGGGCCAGACGGUGGCGAUGAAGUUCAUCAUGAAGCAAGGAAAGAGUGACAAGGAUAUACAUAGUCUAAGACAAGAAAUCGAGAUAUUGCGAAAGCUCAAGCAUGAGAAUAUUAUUGAAAUGCUCGACUCCUUUGAAAACGCAAGAGAGUUCUGUGUUGUCACUGAGUUUGCUCAAGGUGAAUUGUUUGAGAUUCUUGAAGAUGACAAGUGCCUUCCGGAAGAGCAAGUUCAAGCAAUCGCAAAGCAGUUGGUAAAAGCAUUGCAUUACUUGCAUUCAAACCGUAUAAUUCACCGUGACAUGAAGCCACAAAACAUUCUUAUUGGUGCUGGGUCUGUUGUUAAGCUAUGUGAUUUUGGUUUUGCUCGAGCUAUGUCCACCAACACUGUGGUUUUGCGAUCCAUUAAAGGCACUCCGCUGUACAUGGCGCCAGAGCUUGUAAGAGAACAGCCAUACAAUCACACUGCUGACCUGUGGUCUCUUGGUGUUAUAUUGUAUGAGUUAUAUGUAGGCCAACCUCCGUUCUACACUAAUUCCGUAUAUGCUCUCAUUCGUCACAUUGUUAAGGAUCCUGUCAAAUAUCCUGAUGAAAUGAGUCCUUAUUUCAAAAGCUUUUUGAAAGGAUUGCUCAAUAAGGUGCCUCAAAGUCGAUUAACCUGGCCCACUCUUCUCGAGCACCCCUUUGUCAAAGAAUCACAAGAGGAAGUUGAAGCCAGGGAAAUGCAUACUCCAGUAGUUGUCCAUAAGGCAGCUUGGAGACUCCAAGGAAAUGAUGGGCAACUGAGAAAUGAAAAUUGUGACUCUGCGACCCCAGUUGAGAAGGUUUCUGCUCCAGGAAGUCUAGCUGGUGUUCAGUCAGAUAUGAAGAAUGUCAAAGUAAAUUCUCCAUCUCCUGAGGAUUUCCUCGGAUUCCCAACCCAAGAGGAGAUUAAAAGUUCAGGUAACGCAACAUUAGACAAAUUGGAAAAUACAUCCCGCACUGUCAAAGGUGCAAAAGUUAUAGGUGAAGAUGAUAAGGCACUGGAUCUUGUUUUUCUGUCACUGGAAAGAUGUUCAAAAUCCCCGCAAGAUUUUAAAAGGGACAAAGAUGUUGCUUGCUCUGUUCAGUCCCUGAGGAUCAUUUCCAAUUUGGUUACAGCUCGUGCCAUAGUUUCAGUUGGACUUAUUGAGAAAAUAACUUGUGCACUGCUAGACUUUACUGAUGCUCUUGUUGGGAUGAAAUCAUCCGAGUUCAACAACUUAAUACCGAAGAGUCUUUCGGUCACUAAAAACUUGGUAGGGCAUAUUGAAGGCACUAGCCUACAUAGUUCCUACAUAAGGCACUGGACCAAAGUAGUAGAAAUCUUCGUACAGGUUGUUGGAUGGGAAGAAGAGGGAACUGGUCGAAUCUUAUAUGAGGCUUGUUCUUGCAUCUCAACAAUGUUGUCUCGAGUUGCAGAAGAUCUAAAGUCUUCAACUCCUGAUUCUGUUUCUAAACAGAUUUUGGAGCAUGCUAACAUGUCCCGCAUAGUUGAUCAUUUGUGUCUUUGUUUGGCUUCUUCUGGGUCAAGUUUAGCUUCUGGCUCCUCACACAUGUUAGCAGCAGCUUGUGAAGCUUGUAGAUCAAUAUGGAUCCUCAUAGAUACUUCCGAAACAUUCUUCAAAAACGACAAUGUCUACAUAUUUCCUCUAGAUGCUUUGCAGAGCCAUCGUCUCUCUCAGCUUGAUGAAAGUAACAGUGAGUGGGGUCCGUUAUCUGAGAAACUCGUCGAUACAGUGACAAAAACAUAUCUACGUUCCAAGCAUGUGCAAGUUGCUGUCAGUCAUUGCCUUCACCAACGAGUGGAGGCUCCAUUGAUUUCUGCAAUUCAGCUCUUAUCAAGAUGCUGCCUUCACAAUGGAAUUAUGCCUAGCGUGCUUUGUGGUCUUCCCAGUUCACUGCCUAUUACUAGUGUCGUCAGUGGCGGAGAGGAUGGUACCGUUAUUUCAGAAAUAUUUUCUAUACUGUCCUACGCUACCUCGUCAAUCAAGGAUCAACAAACAGGAGAAGCAAAUAACAUCAAGGGUAGACUAAACAAUCUGGUGUUCCAUUCAUGCCUUCUGUUGGCAACAGUUGCUCAAUGUUUGAAGUUAAGUGGGAGAAAUUCUCCUCUGUUAAUGCUUACAACAUCUCCAAAGAAGCAUCUGUAUCGUCUUUCUGCUAUAGCCAAUCAUAUUGCCUCAGAUGAUAAAAUCGAAGCUUCCCUUCAGAAUCACUCAGCAUCAGCUAUGCUUGCUCUCGCAUCUAUUCUCUCUCUUGAGAAAGGAUCUUCUGCUGAAUCUUCUGUCUCUGAGAUGGCAGUUCCUAUGAUUCCUCGAGCUACUAAGCUCUGUUAUCAUCUUAGACCUGUGCCAAGUAAUGAAGGUGAAGUCAUAUCUCAUCCUGCCAAGUGUAAUCUUACCAAAUGGAACGGACUUCUGGAUGGAUGUAUUGGUUUAUUAGAAUCCAGAUUGAAGUGGGGAGGACCUUUAACUGUGCAGCAGCUUAUCGCUAGUGGGACACCAUUGCUUCUUAUAAAUCUGUUAGCUGGCAGACUUUCAAAUGCUUCCCCAGAUGACAUCAAGAACACACCAAACCGGACUGGCUUGUCGCCUAUUGGCGUUAUAUGGGCUGUUUCGUCCAUAUGCCACUGUCUUUCAGGCGGGACUUUAACUUUCCGUCAGAUCCUGGUGAAGACUGAAAACAUGAAGCUUAUUUCUUAUCUAAUGUCUGAUGCUCAUAUCAAGCUAGUAAAGAACUGGGGAGGUCCUGGGGGAGGCAAAGAUGGAGUCAGAGAGACAAUCAAUGUGAUAAUUGAUCUGCUAGCAUUUCCUUUUGUCGCUCUACAAAGUCAACCUGGUUCGUUAUCUGCCACUGCUUCCGUAAAUAGUGGAUUCAUUCUCAACAUGGGCUCUCCUGGUGUGAGAGUGUGCAUGGAAGAUAGAGAUUUGCUAAAAGCUAUAGAAGAGGAUAUGGACAAAUACAUCAAAGUCCUCCUGGAGGUGGGAGUGCCAACUUUAAUCCUCCGUUGCUUGGAACACUUGGAUUUGAAAGAUUUAGUAAGACCUGUCGCUUUUCUUGCCAAAAUGGUGGGUCGUCCACGUCUCGCGGUAGAGCUCGUUAGCAAAGGUCUAUUGGAUCCUAACAGAAUGAAAAAAUUACUCAACCAGUCAAGUCCAAAAGAAGUCAUACUUGAUAUUCUGAUGAUAAUCUCUGAUCUAUCAAGGAUGGAUAAGGCUUUCUAUAAAUACAUCGGCGAGGCUUCUGUUUUGCAGCCUUUAAAGGAGUUUCUUACUCAUCAGGAUCCGAAUAUACGUGCAAAAGCUUGUAGUGCUCUUGGAAACAUGUGCAGACACAAUGAUUACUUCUACAGUGCUCUCGCGGAACAGCAAAUCAUCGGUCUCCUCAUUGAUCGUUGCGCUGAUCCGGACAAAAGAACACAGAAAUUCGCUUGCUUUGCUAUUGGUAACGCUGCUUACCAUAGCGACAAGCUAUAUGAAGAACUAAGACGAUCUAUAACGCAGUUAGCAAACGUUUUGACCACGGCCGAGGAAGACAAGACAAAAGCAAACGCUGCUGGUGCAUUGAGCAAUCUUGUCCGAAACUCCAACAAGCUUUGUGAAGAUAUAGUCUCCAAAGGAGCUUUACAGACGUUACUGAGGUUGGUCGCUGAUUGCUCGGCUCUUGCCCUGAACCCAAGCAAGAAAGAGUCAGCUAGUGAGUCACCGCUAAAGAUUGCACUGUUCUCAUUGGCUAAAAUGUGUUCGAACCACCAGAUUUGCAGACAGUUUGUCAAGUCAUCGGAGCUGUUCCCGGUCAUCGCGAGGCUUAAACAAUCCCCUGAGGCUAACAUUGCUCACUAUGCUUCAAUUAUUGUCGCUAAAGUCGGUGGUGAUUCUUAA